AUGGCUCUCCACGCCGCAAAAGACACCUCGAAACUCAUCUUUGCACCAGCUGGCCAAGCUGCUCAUGGUCAAGCAGAGCAGUUUACCAAGGGGCAUCUGACUCGCCCCGAUCUGGAUCCAUCGUCUCCCAUCCGCCAAUUUCACACUUGGUUUGCGAAUGCACAGCACGCCUCGUCCGGCGUGGCGCAUCCCGAGACAUGCACACUUUCCACGGCAUCCCUCCCGUCCGGCCGCGUGAGCGCGCGUAUGGUUUACCUCAAGGAGCUCGACGACAAAGGCUUCGUGGUGUACAGCAAUUUUGGGACCAGCAAAAAAGCAGCAGAUCUGGCGACAAAUCCGUGGGCCAGUCUGACUUUUUGGUGGGAGAGCAUGGAGCGACAGGUCAGAAUCGAGGGCAAGGCAAGUAGACUGACAAGCGAAGAAAGCCAGAAGUACUACGAUACCAGGGCACGCGGGAGUCGUAUUGGCGCUUGGUCGAGCCGGCAGAGUCAGGUAUUACAGCCGGAGGGCGAGGGUGAUGAUGGAAGGAAGCAGCUAGAAGGCUGGGUUGCGGAAUCCGAGGAGAGGUUUAAGAAUGAGGACAAGAUUCCAGUCCCAGAGUUUUGGGGCGGUUUAAGAAUUGUGCCAGAGUCAGUGGAAUUCUGGCAGGGUCGAGAGAGCCGUUUACAUGAUCGCUUUGUGUAUGAGAGCAAGGCAGAAGGCAAGAACGAGUGGAGCUUGGAAAGGUUGAGUCCAUGA